CGUAGUUCCAUGUAACAUGAUUUGUAAAUCUGAUGGUAUACCGUUAUUACAUUUUUACAGUUACCAACAUCCAAGAAUAUAUUUAUUUACGAUUGGUUAAUUUUUAUUUCAGAACUUGCUGGAUACUGCUUAUCGCUUUUUUUUUUGAACUGCAGGCUGAUAAUGAUCAACAAAGAACGACUAUCACCGAACUUCAAACUGCAUUAGAGGAAAAGGAUGAUCAGAUCGCUUAUCUCAUCGAACAGCUACAAGAGGGGGGUGAAACGAGAGUCAUCCAUCUAUUUGACAAGAAAGAAAAAGCAUUCACCCCAGAACUCCAUUUAUGUGUGUACUCUCUUCUCGAACACAGUGUUCCUUCAACGCAAAUUGGACCAACCAUAGAAGCAUGUUUAAAGCUGGCUGGAAAAGAACCUGAUCGACUUCCAUCUCCUUCAACUGUGGCCAAUAUGAACAUACAAAGACUCUGUCUCGUUAAAAGGCAACUACAAGAUGAACUACCUGAAAAGAUAAACACUACUCUACACACUGACGAAACAUCCAAAGUUGGCAUCAAGUACGGGGGAUUUUCUGUUCGUGAUGAAGAAGGUAAUUACUUUGCUCUAGGACUUCGUGAAAUGGCUACAAAAUCAGCACAGAACACAUUGGAUACUUGCAAGGAGAUUUUGGAGGAUAUUGCUGACACCAGAAAAGAAACUCAUCCUCAGAGUGCUGGAAACGAGAUUGUAUGUAACAUUCAAAAUACUAUGAGUGAUCGUGCUGCAACUGAGUUAAAGUUAAAUGAGCUCUUAGAAAGUUACAGAGAGGAGGUGUUGCCACAAGUGACCGUUAAAGCCAAUUGGUCUCUUGUUUCUGAAUGUAUUGGAAAGAACUUUUGA